UUCGCCUUUCGCGCACUAUAACUAAUUUCCCAGUGGCUGCGAUCGCACAUCGAAGACCGAUCCCAGUGCGUGCGAAGGUAACAGCCUGCGCAAACCCAGUCAGGGCAAGUAAGAGAGAUCGUAACUGUGGCGUGUAAAUCCUCCUCUCAAAUAAAUCCAAAGGCUUUUGCACAUACAUAGGAUGGCCAGGGGGAUGCAACAGCUAUACCAGGCGCUCUUCUGCGUGUUGCUGCUCGGCAGCCUGCAUGUCAGUCGCUUUGCGGACGCCUGCUCCUGCCUCUUAUCCCACCCGCAGGAUGCGUACUGCAACUCCGAUAUAGUGAUCCGGGCCAAGGUGGUGGGAAAGAAGCUUCUAAAGGAUGGACCUUUCGGGACCAUGCGCUACACAGUGAAGCAGAUGAAAAUGUACAAAGGUUUUGAUAAGAUACAACACGUUCAGCACGUCUACACCGACGCCUCUGAGAGUUUAUGCGGGGUCAAGUUUGACAUACACAAAUACCAGUACCUGAUCACAGGCCGCGUGUUUGAGGGCAGACUCUACACCGGCCUCUGUAACUUCAACGAGAGGUGGGAGCGACUCACUCUGUCGCAGAAGAAGGGCAUCAACCACCGCUACCAGCUGGGCUGCAAGUGCAGGAUCAAAGCCUGCCACUACCUGCCCUGCUUCGUUACCGCCAAGGACGAGUGCCUAUGGACGGACAUGCUGUCUCACUUCGGAUACCCCGGGUACCAGUCCCGUCACUACGCUUGCAUCCAGCAGAAGGAAGGCUACUGCAGCUGGUACAGGGGAGUGACGAUCCGCGACAAAACCACCAUCAACGCCACCGACCCCUAAAUCUGCCCCCCUCCUCCACGCACCCCCAGUUUCGGGCAUUGUAGGACUCGCUUCGCCAAGGGCGGGGACCACGCCCUAUCUUUUCAGAUGUAGAUAUCUGCAGUCGUAUUUUAACAUGUGCCGCCAACUCGGGCUCCCCAUUUAACGGGGCCUCAUCCGAGCGUCACACUUCCGGGACCCAGAAUAAUUUGGCAAAACGCUGGGCCAGAUGCUGCUGUUUUGUAAAGACUCCCUUUCAGUACUACAGCUUUCAGCAAUAAGUCAGUAUUCAAACAUGGCCGCCGUAAAGGGACUAGGCUGUAACAUUACAAAAAAGAAACCAACAAACAAGUAAAACAAGCUCCGGAAGUAAUCUGUAUAGAGGGCUAACUUUGUUUUUAAUAUAUUUAUCCUCACAUUUAACACAAUUAUUAGACAUGUUGUCUCCAGAAUGAGGGCAACACUAAUACGGUGUACUUUGUAUAACGGCCGACUCACGGUUCGAGUGUCUGCUAGUACUGGCGUUAAAAAGUAUAUAUCUUGAAUAUCAGAAAUGUCCUUUAUAUGAUAAACAUCAUCUGUAUAUAUACACACACACAGCGUGCGCUGUAACAUAUUUAUUGACGACUCUAUCCUUGUGUCCACUACUGUAUGUGUUGUAGGGUUCUCCUUAAUGCUGUCGAUGUUGGCUUGAGUUGAUGAGAAUGUAUUUGGUCUCCUCUGCGCGGUAAAUAACAGUUUGAAAUGGUUUUUACUUAUUUCGUACGGUACAAGAGAGCUCCACAACACAGACUGAGGGAUACGUAGGGUACGACAGCACGGAACGGAUACUCAUAGUUUUGUCUUUGUCUUAUUUGUGCUGUGUGUUAUAUAAGCUAUGAAGGAAGUCAAGUGUGGACCCAGUCAGAUGCUCCCAGGUCAAGUUGGGGUGGAAACCAGGGCUCAAGGCAUGAUGGGAAAUCCAUCUCAGACAAUCGCUGUCAUUUUCUUUGCCAUUCUCCACCACUUCUGAAAUGAAAUCGCACCUGUACUUCUAAAAGUUGCUUUGUGUCAAUUGAAAGAAUAUUACAGAAGUCUUUAUAAAGAAACAUCUUGUAAAUGAGGUACUUGGAAUAGUUACAGAUUUUCUAAACCAUUUCUAUAUAAAAUACCUGUGAAUCAUUCCUAGAAACAAAGUUAGCACGGUGUCUGGGACAGCCGCAGAACUUGUCUUCAUUUUGGCCCAAAUAUUUCAUUCUUCACUCAGUGGAAAGUCUAAUUUACGGUACUAAAUUAAAACUGCGGUUCCCAGGUGCCAAACUUCUCAGUCGCUAUCCUUGCUGGGCUUUCCUCUGCGUUUCUGCAUCUACGUCACGUUUCACUGCUGGUAUCUCUCUCGAGACUACGUGCCGGCUUAGUUUCACAUCUCUCUGUGCGUGUAAUUAGACCGAAUGAUUAACACAGAGGUAAAGAAAAAGGCUGUCAAGCUACUUACCGAAAGGCUGGUAUCACUUUCUUUCCAGGAGAUACCAUUUCUGCUGGACCAUGUAUGUUUUACGUUUAAUCUGUGUUUUAUAUUUUUAUAAUAAAGAUUUAAUGAAAAAGAAUGAAGGAAAA